AGCACCCCUCAGUUCUUGAUUUCUUCGAGUUUCCCCCAAACCCAGUAGAGUGACUGUGCUCUCUCGCAGAAACAAAUAAGAAGAGAGACCAUUUUAGGCUAAGGAAAAACAUACAGCCAGAGUAGUUGUCAGAAACAAUACAUACAUAUAUAUAUAUAUAUAAAUAUAUACUAUCUUUCUUCUUUCCUCGUUUGCUGGAGUCGCAUACUACUGUCUGUCGACAUGGCUCGGACUCAGCUGAAUCAGAGAGCUUUGGCAAUGUCAACUGCGGCGGUUGCGUGGUUUCUGUUCGGGUGCCUAGUAAUGAUGAGCAACUUCAGUUGCGCAGAGAGAGUCUUGAAAGAUAAAGUGCCGGAAAUUUUUGUCCCCGAGAAACAAGACAGACCUGGAUUUCUGCUUAGAAUGGUUCAUUUCUUCUGGCAGGGUGGGAAAUCUUCUUAUGAGCAUGUUUGGCCGGAAAUGGAGUUCGGAUGGAAAAUUGUAGUAGGAACAAUAGUUGGAUUCUUUGGCGCAGCAUUGGGCAGCGUUGGAGGGGUUGGAGGUGGUGGAAUUUUCGUCCCAAUGCUCACUUUGAUCAUUGGUUUCGACCCCAAAUCUUCCACUGCCAUCUCUAAGUGUAUGAUUAUGGGUGCCGCGGGAUCAACAGUAUACUACAAUCUGAGACUUAGACACCCAACAUUGGACAUGCCCCUUAUAGAUUAUGAUCUGGCAUUGCUCUUCCAGCCUAUGCUAAUGCUAGGAAUUAGCAUUGGUGUUGCCUUCAACGUCAUGUUUGCUGACUGGAUGGUCACUGUUCUACUUAUCAUCCUUUUUAUUGGUACAUCAACAAAAGCUUUAUUCAAAGGUGUAGAUACAUGGAGGAAAGAGACAAUGAUGAAGAAGGAAGCAGCUAAGCAGUUGGAAUCAGAGACAAAACCUGCUGAUGGCUCUGGAGAAGAAUACAAAGCACUACCAAGUGGUCCUGCUAAUAACCAAGAAGAGGAGGUUCCCCUAGUACGCAACAUAUAUUGGAAAGAAGUAUCAAUGCUUGUUUAUGUCUGGGUGGCUUUUCUUAUUGUUCAGAUUGUUAAGACAUAUACAGAGACCUGCUCCAUCAAGUACUGGGUUCUGAACUCCUUGCAGGUACCAAUUGCUGUAUCAGUCACACUUUUUGAAGCCAUAUGCUUAUACAAAGGAACCAGGGUGAUUGCAUCUAAGGGAAAGGAAAUCACAAACUGGAAGUUGCAUAUGAUUUUUCUAUACUGUAGCUGUGGUAUAAUAGCUGGUAUGGUCGGUGGACUGCUUGGGUUAGGAGGUGGUUUUAUCUUGGGACCCCUUUUUCUUGAACUUGGAAUUCCUCCUCAGGUAGCAAGCGCCACAUCAACCUUUGCAAUGGUAUUCUCAUCCUCCAUGUCAGUUGUACAAUAUUACCUUCUCAACCGUUUCCCAGUUCCAUACGCCUCAUAUUUUGUUUUAGUUGCAACAAUUGCUGCCUUUGCUGGUCAGCAUGUAGUGAGGAAGAUAAUUGCACUUCUUGGCAGGGCAUCAAUAAUCAUCUUCAUACUAGCUCUGACAAUAUUUGUGAGCGCAAUCAGCUUAGGUGGGGUGGGCAUUGCAAAUAUGGUUGAGAAGAUGGCAAAUCAAGAAUAUAUGGGCUUUGAAAAUCUCUGUCACCAUGCUUAACUAUGUUGUGCGGCGAUAUUGCUACCUCUCUACUUCGGCUCUACAUGGUCACCUAUUUUCCCAUUUGGUUUCAAGCAAAAGAUCACGGAUUGUCUAUGCUACUAGAUGUUCAAUUCAUUAUAUCAGUCUCUCGUGAAACUUCACCACAGUGCCUUUCUAUUUUAGCUUAUUGAAAUUUGUUUUACUGAAAACAUUUCCAUGAUCCAAGAAUUCUGUAAGCUCAUUACUGAGCACAAAUAACACAAAAUUUCAAGCUUUAA